GGAGGCGGGGAUGAGUAGGGGAGAUGCUCGUGUGGGGUGUGGAUAUCCAUCUCCUCCGCCGAUACGCUGCACCCUGGGAGAGAAAGAGGGGGCGCCCCCCAGGGUCCCCUCCGCCAGCAGAGCCCCCAUUGCCCCCUCCUACGUCCCAAAGCCCUCCUUUUUUGCACGACUUACCCCUCAGAUUCCUGCCCAAGAGUUCUAACGUGGAGAACCAACUUAUAUGUGGAAUACAUGUCUAAGGAGCCACCACCAGAGCACAAUGGAGAGCUUUGGCUUACAGGCAACGGCCCUUUCUGAUGGAACAACAGCCUAUGUUCAGCAAGAUGCUAAUGGAGAGAAGUUAAUUGAAGGGCAAGUGAUUGAACUUGAAGAUGGAUCCAGAGCUUUUGUCCAACAAGUAACAUUGCAGAAAGAGUCCAUCACAUUUGAAGAUGGUCAGCCAGUAGCAUUGGAAGACGGCACUAUGGCUUUUAUACAUCAUGCUCCCCAAGAGGGUUAUGACCCCAACACCUUGGAAGCAAUCCAGCUGGAAGAUGGAUCCACAGCUUUCAUACAUCGUCCUGUCUCCCUGUCAGUGGACAGCACCACACUGACAGUGCAAGCAGAUGUGGGACUGGAGGAAUUGGCUGUAGGAGAGAAAGAUGAUUCCUUUGAACUCGAUUCCAUUGCUGUCCUCAAGGACUAUGCCAGUAAGGGCUUCCACGAGGAGGAAGUGGAAAGCAAUGGGAAGGAACCAAAGGUUCCUGAUAGAGUUUACCGCUGUGGUUACAGUGGUUGUAGCCGCCUCUUUACCACAUCUCAUCAUUUGAAGGUGCACAAGCGAGUUCAUACAGGUGAUCGUCCAUACAGAUGUGACUUCUCAAGCUGUGGGAAAACCUUUGCUACAGGUUAUAGCCUGAAGAGUCAUGUGAGAACCCACACGGGUGAGAAGCCAUACAAGUGUCCAGAAGAUUUAUGCACCAAAGCCUUCAAGACUUCUGGAGACCUGCAAAAACAUAUCCGGACACAUACCGGUGAGAGGCCUUUCAGGUGCCCUUUUGAGGGCUGUGGCCGCUCAUUCACCACCUCAAAUAUACGCAAGGUCCACAUCCGGACACACACUGGUGAGCGACCAUAUAUGUGCCCAGAGCACAACUGUGGGAGAGGGUUCAGUAGUGCUACCAACUUCAAAAACCACAUGAGAAUCCAUACAGGGGAGAAGCCAUAUGCGUGCCUGGUGCCAGGCUGUGGGAAACGCUUCACUGAAUAUUCUAGCCUUUACAAACACCACGUGGUCCACACACACUGCAAGCCAUACACCUGCAAUACCUGUGGCAAAACCUACCGCCAGACCUCUACGUUGGCUAUGCACAAGCGCACUACGCAUGGAGAGCUGGAAGCUACAGAAGAGAGUGAACAGGCCCUCUAUGAGCAGCAGAUGAGAAUUGCCACGUUUGAUAUGCCUUCACUGAAACACCAGUGUAUUGUUUCGGUGAAGGUGGAACACGAGGAGGAGCAGGAGGAUUGCACGGUUAUGCCAGUGACUCUCGUAUCUCAGGAUGGAGCAGAGCAGGUCAGUCUGUCUCCUGAAGACUUGCAAGCACUUGGCUGUGAUAUCACCAUGCUAACACAGAAUGGCACAGCAGUAUCAGUACCCCAGGAAGAUAUUUCAGCAAGUGGUACAAAUGUGCUGACUAUGAUUGGCAUCGAUGGGACUGAAAUACCUCCGGUUACAAUAGUCACAUCUGGGACAAAGGCAUCCGAGGAUUUGCCCACGUCAUCCAUCCACCACCAGCAGCCGACAGUGCUAGCAAAGGACACUUAUAUUGAAGUUCAGGUAAAAGAGCAGCAGAGCUCGAAGGAUGCCAUUAGUGUGUCUACCUCAGCAAUUCAACAGGCGUCUGCAACUCUUAAGGUAUCCACAUCAAACAGUGGGUGCUGAGACCUCACAUGGAGCUGGAGCAACUGAAGCUGGAUGGACCGCUGGAGUCUUCAGAACCUCCAACUCAAAAGCCAAGUGAUGAGUAAUCCUUCCGGACCUGAAGAGAGCCCUUAAUAUUUGCUGCCAUCUGUCCAGCAUGAAUGAGCUGUUAACUGAGAAGCACAGAUGGUGAAGUUACAUGAACUAUUGGAUGAGACUUUGUUUAGAAAUAUUCCUCCUAUAAGUGCUACAACAUGUUUUAUGGCCUCUUUAAGAAAGCCUUCCCUUAACUUUCUGAGGUGGCACCCGCACUAUCGUUCUGGACCUUUCUAAUUUCUGCUGAAUGUUAUUGGAGGAAGCACUAGUAUUUCAUUUCUUGGAGGGCUAGAACAGCCUUCAUAAGAUUAUGGGACUUGCAUGGCUGGGGAGAUUUAUCUCUUUGAAGUUUUUAGCAUUAAAUGUGUUUUUAGCCAUAGAAAGUUCAGGAAAGGGAAUUACGGGUAGAUGGGUGCUCUCUACUUUUCCUUACCUCAGAUACAUGGGAGUAGAAAGUGUUGGCACAGGAGCAGUCACACACUCUCUGAGCAGAACUGAAAUGCACAGUACCGGAGAAGGACAAAUAUUAAUGUGAUGGCUGUGCUCUAUACAUUUCCCUCCAAUUAUCGUGGUUGCUUCCCAGUCUCAGCAAGUGGAAUAGACUGAAGCAGACAUGCAAAGGAGAAGACACAGCUUUGUAUUAUAUUUUAUUUUCCUCUUUCACUCUCUGAAAUAACAAGACUCAAAAUGUGUAUUUAAUAAAAUGUUGGACUUUAUGUUUUCGAUUUUCUCAGCAGUUGCCUGGACUUUCUUAUUAAGGAAUUGAGACGUGAAGCAGAAUGUGCCUACCUCCCUGGUCAUACUUCACUAGAAUAAGCUGUAGAAAUGUGUGAUCCAGUUAAGCAGCCAACAGAGAUCCAUACUGAUGUUACCAUACAGGGUUUUAAUCCCGUUGGGUCCCCCUGAAUGAAUGACAAGCCAAACAGCAUUUCAUUCUUUGAUGCUGCUCUAUUUGAAUUGCCUGUAGUUGUAUAGGGCAUACUGAGUUCCCCCAUCUAAAUUGGCGUUCUGUUGUUGUAGCAUCAGGGAGAAAGCCGUCUGUAUCACAACAGCCUUACCAGCCAUGAUGUGUGAACAUUGCUCUGAAUGGGCAAUAUGGUGCUUCUUUGUUUUUUAUAUGUUCAUUUUGCAUAUAGCUCAUGCAAUUGUAUUCUUUAACUCAUGUUACUAAGCUGUGUUGUUAUGAAUAUAAGAGACACACCCAGCUCAGAUAGUACUGCACUGUUCUGUUGCAGUUACAACAUGUGCAGUGCUGUCUUUUCAAGCCUCCCUAGACCAUAAUUGAUUGUUCUUAGAGGUGUUCAGGCCUCUCUUUUUUAUCUUUGUAUGUUCUUCUGGCAUUUAAGUUCUCAGACUAAAACUCAGACCAGGUUCAUAAACCUGGAACACAAGUUGACCAAAGAGCAAGCAAUGUUCUGUACUCCAGUAUUGACACAUCCUUUAGAUAAAGAACUUUUUAGACUAGUAAGCCCAUCAACUUUGGGGGGCCCAACUCCCUCAAAUAUUUUAUUGGGUGUGUGUGUAUGUGUGUGUGUGUGAAGGGACCUCAGCCCCUAGGAGUUGACUCUUAUGCUAUAGUUAGUACAUACUACAGGUGAAACUCGGAAAAUUAUAAUAUCGUUGAAAAGUGCAUUUAUUUCAGUAACACAACUUAAAAGGUGAAACCAAUAUAUGAGAUAGAUGCAUGACAUGCAAAGCAAGAUGUCAAGCCUUUAUUUGUUGUAAUUGUAAUUAUUUGUCGUUAGGCGGGUCAAUUAUAAAUGGAAUGUAAUUAAUGAAAUGUAAUAGCGAUGUUUAUUUUUGUAUUAUUGUAACUAUUUGUUUUAUUACUGUGGCAUUUCCAAAAGAAAGCAUUUGUACAAAUUAAAAGAAAAUAAAAAAUAAGUUGCAUUACUGAAAUAAAUGCACUUUUCGACGAUAUUCUAAUUUUCCGAGUUGCACCUGUAUAUACCAUGAAAGCACAUUCUUUCCCUCAAAGAAAACUGGGCACUCUAGUUUGUUAAGGGCUUCUGGGAAUUGUAUUUCCGCGAGGGUGAACUAAUGGUGCCCAGAAUUCUUUGAGGGAAAUAGUGCUUUGAAUGUGCUUUAAGGGUUUAUAUAGUGUGUAACAUAGCCGUUUAACUUUCCCUUCAAGAAAUUCAGAGCUGGAGCAUCCUCAUCUGAUGGCCUCUUGUUGGAGACCUAC